GACGACGAUAAUUGAACAACCCCAUCUCCUCCCACUCUCUCUCGGAGCCAGAUCUCAUUUCCCCCUUCAGAUCUGCACAAAUGGCAAAGGUCAACGGAGAACUUGCCUCUUCACGGCGGAAGUCGCGCAAGGCGCACUUUAGUGCCCCUUCCAGUGAGCGACGAGUCAUCAUGAGCGCCCCGUUGAGCAAGGAACUGAGAGAAAAGCACAAUGUCCGCUCCAUACCUAUCCGCAAAGACGACGAAGUAACCAUCGUCCGAGGCUCCAACAAGGGCCGCGAGGGCAAAAUCACUAGCGUAUAUCGCCUUAAAUACGUCGUGCACGUCGAGCGCGUCACCCGCGACAAGUCAAACGGUCAGAGCGUCCCUAUCGGUAUCCACCCAUCCAAGGUUGUCAUCACGAAACUGAAGAUCGACAAAGACCGCGAGAACAUCCUCGAGCGAAUGGGUAAAGGCCGGGAAGCAAAGGCAGCUGCAAAGGGAAAUUAAAUUAAAAACGGCGUAACUAUUGUUUAUACUGGUUUUUUCUUUCCUUUUCUUUUUUUCCCCCUUUCCUCUCCGACUUGCUUUGCAUGCAUAUUGGUGAGGGAUUGUAUGCAGAAGGACCCUUUUUGACUUUGCGCAACUUAUUGGCCGGAUGGGAUUUCCUUGGCGCGUGGAGUGGAUUCAUGCUAUAUUGUAUGGACUGAACGUUGAAAAAAAAAAAAAAAAAUAAGAGCAAGACACUAUAUGACUUCUAAUUGUCUGUAGUUACAAGCUUGGCCGGGGUGGUGGGUGGGUUUGACUCGUCUCUCCAGCUUCGGCCGUUUUUAUUUUUCUUUGGUCUUCGCGCAACCAUUCCCUCACCUCAGUGUCCAAUGCGAA